GAAUUAAAAUUUUAAAAACCCUUCAUCGUGGGAUUCAGAGAUUGAGCCAAGGAUUAUUGUAAUUAGAAAUUGAGAAUUAGCGAUCGAUUUCCUGUGUUCUUCAAAAAUUUCUCAACCAGAGUGGGGAAGAUUAUUCUGGAUUUACUUCCAAACGCCCAGCGGAUUUCCGAUUUGGAGAUUUAUGCUUUGAUUUUGUUCAUCUUUUUGAAUUCUUAACAAAUCUAUGGUUUUGUUUUUCUAUCUCUGAAUCUCUACCUUCUUCCUUCUCAAUGGGAUUCACCAUCUCCGAUGACUUGUUGGGUACUUUCGUCCCGAUUUUCGUUUAUUGGUUCUAUUCUGGGAUUUACGUGAUUCUCGGUUUCUUCGAGAAUUACCGACUGCACUCCAAGAAAGACGAGGAUGAGAAGAACUUGGUUUCAAAAUCCACUGUGGUUCGAGGCGUUCUCUUUCAACAAUUCAUUCAGGCUAUUGUCGCCAUCAUCCUCUUUAAGGUGACUGGAAAUGAUGAUGGGAGCAUUGCAGUUCCAAAAUCCUGGCCAGUGGUUGUUCUUCAAUUUCUAACCGCGAUGUUCGUUUUGGACACAUGGCAAUACUUCGCACACAGAUACAUGCAUCAUAACAAGUUUCUGUUCAGACACAUUCAUUCUCAGCACCAUAAGCUUGUUGUUCCAUAUGCGUUUGGGGCUUUGUAUAAUCAUCCUGUGGAAGGACUACUGCUCGACACAGUCGGUGGAGCGUUGUCGUUUCUAGUAUCUGGUAUGACUCCCAGAGUCUCUAUCUUCUUCUUUUCCUUUGCAACUAUUAAGACCGUAGACGAUCACUGUGGAUUAUGGCUGCCUGGUAACCUCUUCCACGUCUUGUUUCGAAACAAUACUGCAUAUCACGAUGUCCACCAUCAGCUAUAUGGUAGCAAGUUUAAUUUCUCACAACCCUUCUUUGUUAUAUGGGAUAGAAUACUUGGAACCUACUUGCCUUACUCCUUGGAGAAGAGGGCAGGAGGCGGCUUUGAAGCACGGCCGAAGAUUGAAUAAAUAUUUUAAGCAGCCGUCUGUUGCUUAUAUUAUAUUAUUUGUAUCCCACAACAAUAUAAUUUGUAUAUUACUCCUAUUGUUGCGCUUUUUAUACCCUUUUUUUUUCACAUUGCCCUAACAUAGGUUUGAAAUAUGAGUUGAGAUGAGCUUAGGUUGUGUUUUGAUAUGUUUUCUUAAAACUUUUCUAUGGCUUUAGAUUAGUCACAAUCAUUGUGAGUGAUGACUUUUGAAGAGCUGCUCCAAUCCCAAGUGAUAGCUUCUUCUUGUCUUUGUUAGAAAGGUUGUAGUUUCCAGUUAUGCAUCAUAAGCUUGAACAGGGGCCAUGUUUGGCUAGGUUGAUGGGUUGAUGAAGCUUUGGAACUAGAUGGUUUGGUUUGGUUUGGUUUGGUUUGUUUGGACGCAUGUUCGGAAAUGAUUUUGGAAUGAUUGAAAUUACUAUUCCGAAAAGGUGGAAAAGCUAUUCUCUUA